UUGUCUCAUGCUAAAGUCGAUACACUAAUACUACGAUGGAAGAAAAAUUUUUUAAUUGAAUAAUAAUUACAUGAAUGCGCAGUUCAAGAUGGCAAGUGAGGGAAACGGAAUCGUUGCCCAAGCAAGUGAAAAUCUAACAGAAAGCAAUGAAGUUAUUACGGGAAAAGUACCAUCAACACCUGAGGGAAUGGCUAUUGCUUACGGAAGCCUAAUAAUUAUGGCUAUUUUACCUAUCUUCUUUGGUAGUUAUCGAGCUGUUAGACACCAUAAGGAACAGCAGCAACAAUGUAAAAAAAGUGGGAAACAACCAGACACAAUGUCUUGUAAAGAAGCAGCAAUAUUUCCCUUUAUUUCAAGCUUUGCAUUAUUUGGCUUAUAUAUAUUAUAUAAGAUAUUUGCCGAGGAUUAUAUAAACCAAAUUUUAGCUGGAUACUUUUUCUUCCUAGGCAUUUUAGCUUUGUGUCAUCUUACCAGUCCAAUAAUUUCAUCAUUGGUACCUGCUGCAAUUCCAAAAACUCAGUACCACAUAUUAUUUACUAGGGGAGAAGGUGAUAAUAUAAAACAUAUUAUUAAUUACAAAUUUAAUCUUCAUGAUAUUGUCUGUUUAAUAUGCUGUUCACUUGUUGGAGCUUGGUACCUUUUGGAAAAGCAUUGGAUUGCUAAUAAUUUAUUUGGUAUCGCGUUCGCGAUUAAUGGAGUUGAACUAUUACAUGUGAAUAAUGUUAUAACAGGAUGUAUCUUACUUUGUGGACUUCUCUUUUAUGAUGCAUUCUGGGUAUUUGGUACAGAUGUGAUGAUAACAGUUGCCAAAUCAUUCGAAGUACCAAUUAAGUUGGUAUUUCCCCAAGACGUAUUGGAAAAAGGUCUUACUGCAAGCAACUUUGCUAUGCUGGGUUUAGGUGACAUUGUAUUGCCUGGAAUUUUCAUUGCUCUAUUGUUGCGCUUCGACAAUAGUUUGAGCAGGAAAACGAAUGUGUAUUUCUAUUCGACGUUCUUCGCAUAUUUCAUGGGACUUUUAACAACGAUGUUUAUCAUGCAUUUGUUCAAUCACGCGCAACCAGCUUUGCUGUAUUUAGUACCUGCUUGUUUGGGAACUCCUCUACUUUUGGCGUUAGCUAAAGGAGAUUGGAAGGCGUUAUUUUCUUACGAAGAUCAUCCAGUUAACGCGAACCAAACAGAACAAACUGCACAAACGCAAACAGAAACAAAAAAGGACACAUAAUAUUUGUCCUUAAGGUGAUCGAUAUAAUAAAAUUUCCGGCAUUGCUAUUAUGCUGUUAUCUUUUCAAAUUUAUCGUAUAUAGGGAAAAAAUGAUAGUAUGUCUUAUGCUCAAGCUGUACAAUCAUGAAAUCUAAAGUGUCGGAGACAUAUACAGGGUGAGUCUAGCAAUUGGACCAGGUUAUAGCUCUGUUCUUAUUGACGAUAGAAAAAAAUUGUAGAGGAAAAUUUUGCAGUGUUUAACAAAUUCUACCAUCGAGUAGUGAGAUUUUUUACAAAAGUGCAUUGGUGCAGUUGCAAAGUAGAAUUGCAUUUGUUUUUUAAAUGAAACCGUACCAUUUUUGUACAGAAAUUAAUUCCUCAUGCCAUUCUGAAUAAAAAAG